GAAGCUCCUUGCCGCACCAAACUGGAACCCCGUGGUGCACAGUGCAAAAUUUUGCAAUAUUGGCUGUCAUUCCGGAAAAAAAAAAACAGAAAUUUGCAAAAACGUCCAAUCGAUUUGAAUUCUCCAACGCAGAUGCCGUAGAAUCGGGAUCAGACAGCGGAGAAUCCUUCUCGCCGAAUAGAACGAAAACGAUGAGCCAAAAAUAACCUCUCUUUUGAGAUCGGGCCUAUAAAAAUGGGGGUCCUCUGCUUUCUCUCACCAUACUCCUUUCUCAUCCUCUGUCUCCUCCCCCUUUCUCCCCGGUAGCAAAGGUCGACGGAAGAAUGGAGAAUGAUCACGGCAGCGUCGUUGAGGAUCAUGGGGUUGAGAUGUCGGAGCAAGGACAGAUCACUCAUCGGAGAGGGAAGAGAGAUGAGAACGGCUCGGUGGAGACCGCGAAAGCUUCAGCUGCGGAUCAGGAGAUGGAGGAGAUGACGUCGAUCGAGAAGGUGUUUGAGGGGAAGAGGGUUCCGCCAUGGAAAGAACAGCUUACGUUUCGUGCGUUGGUGGUGAGCUUCGUCCUCUCCAUCAUGUUCAGUAUAAUCGUGAUGAAGCUCAAUCUCACCACUGGAAUCAUCCCUUCGCUUAACGUCUCGGCUGGCCUGCUCGGAUUCUUCUUCGUCAAGUCGUGGACGAAGAUCCUUGAGAAAUCUGGUCUCCUUAAGCAUCCUUUCACUCGACAGGAGAAUACCGUGAUCCAGACAUGUGUUGUCGCCGCUUACGGAAUUGCUUUCAGCGGUGGUUUUGGGAGCUAUCUAUUUGCAAUGAGUUCAAAGACGGCAAAGCAAUCAAGCGAAGCGACGAGUUCGCAAGACAUCAAGGAUCCACAAUUAGGAUGGAUGAUUGGAUUUCUUUUUCUUGUCAGCUUUAUCGGACUCUUUUCACUUGUUCCCCUUAGAAAGAUCAUGAUCAUAGACUACAAAUUGAGCUACCCAAGUGGCACUGCAACAGCUUUCCUUAUCAAUGGCUUCCACACCCCCCAGGGUGCUAAGUUAGCAAAGAAACAAGUCAAGCUGCUGGGGAAAUUCUUUGUGGGCAGUUUCUUAUGGGGAUUCUUCCAAUGGUUUUACACAGCUGGUGAUAACUGUGGGUUUGUCAACUUCCCAACAUUAGGCCUUGAAGCUUAUAAAAAUAGGUUCUAUUUUGACUUUUCUGCUACUUAUGUUGGUGUCGGAAUGAUUUGCCCAUAUCUUGUCAAUGUAUCUGUCCUUUUGGGUGGUAUUCUAUCUUGGGGCAUCAUGUGGCCACUUAUUGGAAAUAGAAAAGGCAAUUGGUAUUCAGCAACUCUACCAACAUCCAACCUUCAUGGCCUGCAGGGUUACAGGGUAUUUAUAUCAAUUGCAAUGAUUCUUGGUGAUGGUCUCUACAAUUUUGUCAAGGUUUUAAGCAAGACUAUACCUGCUAUUAUCGCCCAUGCUAGAAGCAAGAAUAUGGCCAGCACUCUGCCUCUCACUGAAAACGGUUUUCCUGCUACCGAUGCUACGAUAUCCUAUGAUGAGCAACGUCGUACUGAGCUUUUCCUUAAGGAUCAAAUUCCUAAAAAAGUAGCAUUUGUUGGCUAUCUUAUAGUUGCUAUUAUCUCCAUUGUCACAGUACCUCAUAUAUUUCCUCAGAUCAAAUGGUAUCAUAUCUUGGUGACAUAUAUAUUUGCACCAGUACUUGCCUUCUGCAAUGCUUAUGGCUGCGGCCUCACAGAUUGGUCCCUAGCAUCGACCUAUGGAAAGCUAGCCAUCUUUAUCUUUGGGGCUUGGGUCGGUGCAUCCCAUGGAGGAGUGCUUGCUGGUCUUGCAGCAUGUGGUGUGAUGAUGAACAUUGUCUCCACUGCUUCUGAUCUAAUGCAGGACUUCAAGACUGGUUAUCUCACUCUUGCCUCCCCAAGGUCCAUGUUCAUUAGCCAGGUUAUUGGAACUGCUAUGGGCUGUGUGAUUGCACCUUGUGUCUUUUGGCUUUUUUACAAGGCUUUCGCAGAUCUCGGCGUGCCCGGAACAGAAUACCCGGCACCGUACGCUCUGGUUUAUCGUAACAUGGCAAUACUUGGUGUUGAUGGCUUCUCCUCACUGCCGAAGCAUUGCCUCACCCUCUGCUAUAUCUUCUUCGCCGGUGCUAUCCUCAUCAACAUGUUAAGGGAUGCGGUCGGGAAGAAGUGGGCACAAUACAUUCCACUUCCAAUGGCCAUGGCAAUACCAUUUUACAUUGGACCAUAUUUUGCCAUUGAUAUGUGCAUGGGAAGCCUGAUAUUGUUCAUCUGGGAAAGGUUAGAUAAGACGAAGGCCGAUGCAUUCGCCUCAGCAGUGGCAUCUGGUUUGAUUUGCGGAGAUGGAAUAUGGACUCUGCCGCAAUCCAUUCUUGCAUUGGCCAAGGUGAAGCCACCUAUAUGCAUGAAGUUCCUAUCAAGGAAAACGAAUGACAAGGUUGACACCUUCCUUGAGACAUUGUCCUAGAUUUUGUUCCUCAAGUUAGCUCAUUUUGAUUAAAAAAGCCUCUUGUUUUAUGUGGUUGUAUGGACUUGUUUAUAUAAAGCUUUGUUUGG